AUGUGCCCAUUUCAUAUGGAAAACACAACAUCUCCUCUAGAUGUUCACAUUUUGCCAUUUUUUAUGAAAACCGAUAACAAAUUGCUCAUCUUCAGCACUGUCUACUUUUCCUUCAUUUAUUCAUUUGGACUGCUGGUGAACACAGUUAUCAUUGCAGUGAUAUGUUUGAACCCCCAUUUGCACACCCCAAUGUAUUUAUUUCUUUGUAACUUGUCUGUUGUUGAUAUAUGUUAUACAACUGUUAUCAUUCCAAAACUCCUCUACAUCUUACUAUCUGGAAAUAAUUCAGUGCCAUUUACACAAUGCUUUAUCCAAAUAUAUUUUAUGUUGCUAGCAGCCAGUGUUGAGGUAAACAUUCUAUUUAUAAUGGCGUAUGACCGAUAUGUCGCAAUUUGUCACCCUUUACACUAUCAUCGUAUACUUAAGAAGAAAAUUUGCAUACUACUAAUAAUAGUCAUCUGGAUUGGUGGGAGCGUAAAUUCAUCUUUUUUUACAAGUUCAAUCUUAAAAAUAAUUUUCUGUUCUUCUGUUACUAUACACCAGAUCUUCUGUGAUGCUAAAGCUCUCGUCAACAAGUCAUGUGGUGGUACUGAAAUGUUUUAUAUUGUCUUGUAUGCAGAGUGUUUAUCAUUUGGGUUCUGCCCAGUUAUGUGCAACUUGAUGUCCUAUGUUAAAAUUAUCAGGGUCAUACAACGCAUAAAAUCUAAGGAUGGCCGAAGUAAAGCCUUCUCUACUUGCUCAUCCCACCUCAUUGUUAUGGCCAUCUAUUAUGGAUCUGUGUUAUCCGUAUACUUGACACCACCAUCAGACCGCUAUGACCUACUUGAACAGAUUUUAACCAUGUUCUACACCAUAGUGGUCCCCAUGUUGAACCCUCUCAUAUACAGUCUACGAAAUAAUGAAGUGAAGAGUUCCUUGUGGAAAUUAAUGUUGUAA